AUGUCUGUCGGUAGUCGAAACCACCACCACUCUCUUUCUUGGUGGAUCAAGGGCUCGAAACCUCAUCGCGACCUCCGUAUCGAUUUGGGAUGUGAGAUGGCUGGCAUCACUUUCAUGGCACUGCUUCGUUUUCGAGCAAGCGGGCAGGGCCUCUUGUCGGCCAACCUGACGCACCCAGGCAUGGCGGGCGGGGAGCCGCCGUUGACACCCCAGUCGGCCGGAAUCGAUGACAUGUACCCCCCAACUCCGAUUGGUGGCGGUCCGAUGCCGCCCUCGCAACAGCCAAUCAGAAGCGGCGAGGGGGCGGGCGCCUACAGCCAAUCCUACUACCCUCCACCGACCUUCUAG